GAAAGUGGCGACAUGGUGGCCAAGAUUUGCAUACAAUUUAAUGCUGGUGUCGACAUCAGCCGAACCUUAUGCAGCCUGUUGCCCUCACUAUCCCGCGUGUCUCUCGCUCCAUCUGCGCUCGGCUGGAAUAGGAGGGAGUCAGGUCAGGCGCAACCACAUGUCCGAAACAGCUGCCGCUCAGACGCCCGUGUUUCCGUUCCGCAUGUCGAUGCGCCUUGCCUAGCUUGGCCAUUCACGUUUCUUGGCUUUUGCUAUCGGAGACGGCGUUGCCUACCUCUUUCUGCUUCACCAACCUCCUCGUGCCUCACUCCCCUCCACGAGGCGAGUGAGAGAGAGAGAGAAAGAGAUAUAGAGAUAGAGAUAGAGAUAGAGAGGACGUUGGAGGAUUGGCGGAUGGAGGUCAGCAAAUGCCGAGACAGUUCCUUUCUUGGAGCGGCAUGCAUUCCUUCUGACAAGCGUCACACGACUCUAGCCAAUGCUCGGUGCUUCCCAAGGUCGGACUCAACGCUGUCAGCGCACAUGUCAAGCAUAGCCUAGCGAGCCGGCUGCACACCUUUCACUCAAGGUAUGGCUCCGUGCGCCAUGCCCUCUAGAAAAAGAUACAUGGCCUUCCCGGUCGAGGAUCUGGAACGAUACAACGGCGA